GGCGGUGAGCAGUCAGGCAAGAGUUAACUCUCUCCCGGGUGCCGGGAAGGGGGCGGGGCCUGUGGCGGAGCUCGGGAUCUCCGGCCGGUGUCUGUCUCUCUCUGUGUUCGGAUCGGAUGUCUUUGGUGGGAGGCGGAGGAAUAUCGGGCGGUAGUCUGUCGGUAGUCUCUCGGUUGUCAUGGUAACAGAGGGGGUCUGCAGGCCGGAGACAGGAGGAGGCUGCUGCUGAACACAGCGAGGGGAUUCCAGGAUCGGCCAGCAUGGAGGACGGCUUCUCCAGUCUGUAUGACACCACCUCCCUCUUCCAGUUCUGUAAUGAUGACAGCGCUUCGGCCUCCAGCAACAUGGAGGUGACUGACCGCAUUGGGUCAUUGGAGCAGCGCGUCCAGAUCCAGGAGGAUGAGAUCCAGCUGUUGAAGUCUGCCUUGGCUGAUGUAGUGAGGAGGCUGAAGGCAUCAGAGGAGCAGCAGGCACUGCAGAACAGGAAAGGACCCACCAAAGCUAGGCCCUUGCCACUGAGGACAACAGUAAACAGCGAGACCAUCUUACCAAAGAAGCCUACCGGCUCUCUCCCAUCUCCGUCAGGGACCAGGAAAGACAUCGUUCCGCUAGCAUCCAAAUGCAAGUCUGUGCGUCUCAUGAAUACAUGUAAAAUAACUAAAGCCACAUCCAGUAAUGUCAAAAGAACCAACUCUACUGAACGUGUUUCUCCUGGAGGUCGGAGAGAGAGUGCUGGUGAUGCCAAAAGUAGCCGGAAUCGCGCCGGGUCCACAAGCAGCUCUUCCAGCGUCAAGAAAAACAGUGAGAGCAAACCCAAAGAUCCCGUCUUUAGCGCUGGGAAGCGGAGAGUGACGCACUGCAAAGAGGAAGGUUACGUGAAAAUGUUCCUGAGGGGACGUCCGGUUACUAUGUAUAUGCCCAAAGACCAAGUGGAAUCGUAUAAUCUGGAGGCAAAGGUCGAGCUUCCGACCAAGAGGCUUAAACUGGAAUGGGUCUACGGCUAUCGAGGGCGAGACUGCCGCACCAAUUUGUACCUUCUACCCACUGGAGAAACAGUUUAUUUUAUAGCUUCCGUUGUUGUGUUGUAUAAUGUAGAAGAACAGCUGCAACGACAUUACACCGGUCACAACGAUGACGUCAAGUGCCUCGCAGUCCAUCCUGAUAAAAUUACCAUAGCAACAGGCCAGGUUGCAGGAACAUCCAAGGAUGGUAAACAACUACCGCCACAUGUCCGCGUUUGGGAUUCUGUGACGCUCAACACAUUGCACGUCAUCGGCAUGGGUUACUUUGAUCGAGCUGUGACGUGCGUGGCUUUCUCCAAAUCUAACGGAGGAGGUAACCUGUGUGCGGUGGAUGACUCGAAUGACCACGUGCUGUCAAUGUGGGACUGGCAGAAGGAGGAGAAGCUGUCUGAUGUAAAGUGUUCAAAUGAAGCCGUAUUUGUAGCGGACUUCCAUCCGACGGACACAAACAUUAUCGUGACCUGCGGGAAAUCACAUCUUUACUUCUGGACUCUAGAAGGAAGUUCUUUGAUCAAGAAGCAAGGGUUGUUUGAGAAACAAGAAAAACCAAAGUUUGUGUUGUGCGUCACCUUUUCCGAAAAUGGGGACUCCAUCACAGGAGACUCGAGCGGGAACCUUCUGGUUUGGGGAAAAGGUUCCAAUAGGAUCAGCCAUGCUGUCCAGGGAGCCCACGACGGUGGAAUAUUUGCACUGUGCAUGCAGAGAGACGGCACGCUGGUGUCUGGAGGGAAGGACCGGAAGAUUAUAUCCUGGGAUGGAAACUAUCAGAAACUCAGUAUAGUUGAGAUUCCGGAACAGUUUGGACCUAUUCGGACGGUGGCAGAAGGAAAAGGGGACGUUGUGUUAAUUGGUACCACUAGAAACUUUGUUCUUCAGGGUACUUUAUCUGGAGACUUCACCACCAUCACCCAGGGUCAUACGGACGAACUGUGGGGGUUGGCCGCAAAUUCCCAGAAGCUUCAGUUCCUGACCAGUGGCCAUGACAAGCAGAUAAUAUUAUGGGAUGCAAUUAGCCAUCGCCCAAUCUGGAACAAAGUUAUUGAGGACCCUGCCCAGUCUGCCGGCUUCCAUCCAAAUGGUUCUGUUGUAGCAGUCGGUACUCUUACGGGGAGGUGGUUUGUGUUAGACACAGAGACCAAAGAUCUGGUCACGGUACAUACAGAUGGCAACGAGCAGCUUUCCGUCAUGUGCUAUUCACCAGAUGGAAAUUUCCUUGCAAUCGGUUCCCAUGACAACUACAUCUAUAUUUAUGCCGUUAAUGAGAAUGGAAGAAAAUACAGUCGGAUUGGUAAAUGCUCGGGACAUUCCAGUUUCAUCACCCACCUGGACUGGUCUGUGAAUUCCCAGUAUCUGAUGUCCAAUUCCGGUGAUUACGAAAUAUUAUACUGGAUCCCUGCAGCCUGCAAGCAAGUGGUCAGCAUGGAAACAACUCGAGAUCUUGAAUGGGCAACAUACACCUGCACGCUGGGAUUCCAGGUUUUUGGGGUGUGGCCCGAAGGUUCAGACGGAACAGACCUCAAUGCCAUCUGCAGAUCUGGAGAUCAGAAGCUCUUGGCCACAGGAGAUGAUUUUGGAAAAGUUCAUCUCUUUUCUUAUCCUUGUUCACAGUUCCGGGCAUCCAGCCACGCUUAUGGCGGGCACAGCAGCCACGUUACCAACGUGACCUUUUUACAGGCGGACAGACACCUAAUCUCUACCGGUGGGAAAGACAUGAGUGUCAUGCAAUGGCGCCUUCUCUAAUGCCACCCGCAGCCCUGGAGACUGCCCCAGGAGAAGAUCUACACCAUCGCUUGCCUUUUCGAGUAUGAUGUGGGCUGUUUCUUCGACCGUGUCGGAGACCUCUUGUACAAGAACUCAGGAACCCAACACCCCCUUCACUGGUCACCUGACCUCCCAGAAUCACCUCUCAGCUUUCCAAAAUGGGGGACAGUCUAUACCAGUGGUGGCCCCUGUGGCCAUAGUAGGAA